UUUUGGUCCAACAUCAGUGUCUGACCUCACAAAUGCUCUACUGGAUGAAUGAACAGAAAUUCCCACAGAAACUCUCCAAAAUAUUGUGGAAAGCCUUCCCAGCACAGUGGAAGCUGUUAGUGCUGCAGAGGGGGGACCAACUUCAUAUCAACAUCUGUAUUUAAUGUGAUUUAAGUCGGUUGUCCCAAUACUUUUGUCCGUAUAGGGUAACAAUAACAAAACCAAAUAGACUUUAAUAGCUUGGGUCCAAAAGAGAUCCCAAAAGGACAUUAUGUCAGUUUUGGUAGAAGACUUCCUGAAACAUGUUGUCAAUACAAAAAUCAUGUUUAUAAAUAACUCUUAUAAAGGCAAGUAAUUUAAGGUGACAAAACAAUGUUAAAGAUCCCCUGACAUGUUUAAAGUAUGUUUUUCACAGCAGUUUAACAUUAUUAAAAUUAAGUAAUUUCUUCUGUCUCAAAAAAUGUAAAUAUUAAUAUUAAAAGUGAAGCUAGUAGACACAACACACAAGUAUGUCAGAGUUGUAAAGUGGACUUGAGGGCUUCAAGAUCCCAAACAUGAUAGUUAAACUCUGGACUGAUCAGACUGGGAGGAAUGUUUGCUGCUGUUUUAGAUGCAGCUCCAGUGUAUCUCAGUUUGGUCAGAUUUGUCUUACAUACCUGCCUUUAAAUACAAACCUAAGAACAGCUCAUGUACAUCCUCUUCCAGCCUCAUGCUUCUUUUCAAACAACUCACCUCAUGAUUUAUUUCCCCACCUGUCACACUGUUUAACUUCACCGCACGUCAGCCACAGUCCUGCUCUUUUCUAACCCCCCCCCGCCCCUCACUCAAUAUCUUAGCAAAAAUAUCAAAAUAUGCCAGCGCAGGUUUAGACCGUGAUAACUAAUAAUGUCCUGUUGGUGCUGAAGCCAGGGGCAGAGAGCAAGACCAUCCACACAAACCAAAGCCAACAGUCCAUUAGUGCAGAAUGCUAACAGCUGGCCAGACUCUGGGAAAUCUCAGAACAUUGUCAAGGUCCAUGUGGAGACAACCAGGACCAGGUGACCCAGAGUGAGAAGUUCCUAAAUCCUAGUCUUCUCUCUGUGUGUCUAUCUCAAAGCCUUCAAAUGGCUUGAAAGAGACCCACAGUCCUCUACUCCUGAAUACCGAAGACACAGGACAGCCAGAGAGAAACGGGAAUACAUAGGAAAAGAUUUCUGCAUCAGCUGAUUUGUGCAGCUUUAACAUGGGAUGAGCUCCUGACAUCAGUGACUAAAGCUGUGCCCUGUAUCCUGACUGACAGCCUGACCAGAUCCUGGCGUCUGAGCUCUGACCCCUAACACUGGAGGGACGAGGGGGUCGACAGGGAGAAAAUGCGUUGCACCACCCUUUUGGCCCUGCUGACGGGGGUCAUGCUGUACCUGGUGAUGGGAGCGCUUGUUUUCCGCACCCUGGAGGCCCCCAAUGAGAAUGUGGCGUAUGAAGACCUCCUUGUUACUAAGCGCACCUUCCUCAAUAAUAAGUCCUGUGUCACUGAGUUGGACUUCCACAAGCUUGUGAAGGGAGUGGUGUCUGCGGUGGAGGCAGGCCUGGAUGUGGGCAGCCUUUCUGCCAACUUCACCAGCCGCUGGGACCUGGCCUCCGCCUUCUUCUUCUGUGGUACCAUCAUUACCACCAUAGGUUUCGGGAACCUGUCCCCUCGGACGUGGUAUGGCCAGUUGUUCUGUGUGUGCUAUGCCCUGGUAGGCAUCCCCAUGUUUGGCAUACUGCUCGCUGGAGUGGGUGACCACAUGGGCACAGUGCUGCGGCGAGCCGUGGCCAAGAUUGAGACCCUCUUCCUGGUGAGAAUGAAACGUAAGGUCAGGCCGACCACUGUGCGCGUGAUCUCAGCGGUUCUCUCCAUCCUGAUUGGUUUUCUGAUCUUCCUCGCCGUGCCAACAUUUGUGUUUCAGGAAGUGGAGGAAUGGACGUUUCUGGAGUCGCUCUACUUUGUGGUCAUCACCCUCACCACUGUUGGCUUUGGAGAUUACGUACCAGGUGGUGGUCGUGAGGGCAUUUUCUUCAAGCCUCUGGUAUUGUUGUGGAUAGUUUUUGGUCUUGCCUACUUUGCCUCCAUCCUCACCAUGAUAGGCAACUGGCUGAGAGUGCUGUCAAAGAGGACCCGCGCUGAGAUGGAGGAGUUGAGGGCCCACGCAACAGACUGGACCCAGAACAUCCAGAAUAUGUCCAUGGACUUCCGCAUCCCAAAUCCUCUGGAAUUCAACGACCCCUUCCUCCUGCAGCGCCGGCGCUGGAAACGCAGUGAGCGCCGCCGCAUUCGUCGGGGAGCUCAGGUCACUCUGGGACACUGGGUUCGAGGAGGAUCUGAGAAUGGACACCUGCCGAACCGCUGGGCCGGCCUCUCCAGUUCCAUGAGCCAGCUGGAGGCCCAUUCAUCUCUGGAGAGGGCAGUGGUGGCCAAGUCCAGGCCGCUUGUGAGUGUUGCUGGCCCCACAAAUGUCCCGAGAGUGGGACCUGGAUUGAAGGUUGACCCAGACGUUGGCUUGCAGGUGGAGGGCAGAUCGUUUCCUCAUCUGCUGGCCCGCUCAUUCUCCCUCCCUGUGGCCCACUCAACUUCAGAGCUGGACUCAGCAGGUGCAGCCUUGCAGGGAGGAUCCCUCUCUGGAUCUGAGUCUCCUUUUGGCUCCAGAUCAGACAUUUCUUCGGUCUCUUCGUCCUUCUUGGCGCUCCACCGGUUCCAGCCCUGUCAUACGGUCAGCAGCAUGGAGGAGGGAGGAGCCACAGACAUGAAGACAGCACAAGAGAAAAACAAACUGGUUUCAGCAGAGAAAUAUGAAUUUGUAGCAAACAAUAGUUGCAAACACGCACCUGUCCCUGGUGUGCUCCCUCUCUCCUCCCCUCUUACUCCCUUUAUUUCCCCCUCCCUCCACCCAAUCCUCCUUCCCUCCGCUGCCCUCAACAUGGCCUCCUCAGCCAGCUGCCAGCUGUUGGAUUUCUUCGGAGAGAACCUGGCCUACAUUGAUGAGUCCUCAGACACUCUGAGUGACCGGCCAACAGCAAGCGAGGAGAGAAGGAGACGACCCCGAAAACCCAAGAGGAGGAGCAUGAGGAGGCAGCUGUCGCACAAGUGGAGCCCCUUGCAGGGGAGGAGGCCCAGCACUGAGAUGCAGCCACCUUCAAAUCCCCCCACACCACCUCCAGACUCUUCGCUUUCAGACCAGCCCUCAUCAGAUAACCAUACAGGUUCGGAGCCGACACUCUGACAGCCACUUCUUUCAUAGUCAGGAUGUAACAGAAAUAAUAGUUCACACCAAAUUUGUGGGGUUACAGCUCACUUGACACUACUUCUACCACUUAGAACAUAUACUGUACAUAGCACAUGCAAAUCUCACCAUCAUGAAUGUAGCUAACGUUUCAGGAUAUUUUUAGUAUUUAUGCUUAGCCUCACAAAGUCAACCCACAAAUUUUGUUUGUGAUCUGGAAAUCUGAUGUUUAUAUAAUAUAAUAUUUAUCAUGUUCAUUGUCUCAUUUAGCCAGAUGGCACUAGAUGAAAAGUCAGCAGUAGACAAAUGCGUUUCACACAAAAAAGCAACAGAAAGAUAUAAACAUGUAGUACACUUAAAUCACAAUUGAUGUACACUUUUCCUAAUAGCACUUCAAAGUGGUAUUGAGAGCUAGUCUACCAUGGUGUACUCUUCUUCACCGGUCCAGUUGUUAUUGGUAAUGCACCUAUAGACUGGUUUCAGUAGCAACAAUGAUUUCAAACCAUCCAGUAGUUGUUGCCCUUUUAAAUGUUGGCAUCAUGCUUCCUUUUAAAGUGGACCACACCCGGCAUAAAUAGCUGGUCAUAAAUCUCUAAAUGGUUUAAAGAGACAUCAUUAUCCAUAGUUAUAAACAAUUGUCUAUCUUGUUGAUCUGUCUUUUUAGCUACUGAGCUUAAUCGAUUCCUGGCAGACACAUCGAACACUAAAUCACAUAUGCAAGCGGCUUUGUGAGGCUAACUGCUGGCAGUUGACUAAUUGCUUCAAAUUCAGUGUAGGGUUUCUUACAGGGAGGAGAGGGGAAAAAGAAGAGACUGGGGGUGGAAUAAGAGUGCUGAGUUCAGUCAGGGGCUGAACUGAACGAAAACAUACCCCUACACCCUCAGACACAGUUGGUGCCUGCUGUCACUUGUUAACUUAUGGCUGAUUUACAGAUAUUCCAGCUGUUGGUGGCAGAUAAACACAAAUGAUUCCAUUAAUUUCUAUAAAUGUAAGUCGCUUUGGAUAAAAGCGUCUCCUUAAUGAAGUGUAAUGUAAUGUAAGGUAAGUACAAAGAGGGUCAACAGUUUCACAGGGUGGGACUCAUGUGUAUUAAGAUGUAUGCACAGCCAGAGGGGCUCAGAUAAGAAGCUUAGAUUACAACCCAGGUACCAAGAGAGUUGGGAUGCUGUGUAUAAUAUAAAUAAAAACAGAAUUCAAUCUUGUGCAAACCACGAACCUGUUUACUUGUGGGAUGUUCCAAACAGUGUUUUCUGACCAGUACACAAGUUUUCUAGUUUUUUGUUGUCCCUGUCCCAUCUUGUUUGUGUUGUGCUUCUGGCACUGAAUUCAGAAUGAGAAUGUAUUUACAAAAAAUCAAGUAUAUGUAAAACAUGUUAAAUAUAUUGUCUCUGUACUGUUUUCUCUUUUGUUUAAGUUUUGCAUAGCAUCACAGCUUUUUUGGGAACAGGGUUGUAGAGCUCACACACAGAGAGUUUACCCCACUAUAUCUUUACAUAGCAAAUAGUUGUUUGUCACUGUAUUAGUGUUUAAAAUCUCAGACACAGAACCUUUAAAACAACACUAAAGUUAUUUUUAAACUUGUGGUGUUUACCAAUUAUACUAUCAAGUGUCCUUAAGUCACUGUUGGUAAGAUUCUACUUGUCACCAUUUUCCCUCUUGGCUGAUACUGUUUGUUAGCAUUUCAUUAUUUUUACAGACUCUACGUGUUUGCAACAUAGUUAAAUAAACUGUGUGGGUUUUUCAACUUGUGUAUUUACCAUUUAAAUACUGUUGAACCCUGUUAGAUGCCUCAAAAUAGCUUUAAGUGACACAUCGAAGUGAUGAUUAUCAGACAUCACUUAAUACACACACAGACAGCUAUUUGAGAUUAAUGUUAACAAGGCUGAGUCUGUACAGAUGCCUUUGCAAUUCUCAAUACACUAAUGUGCCAACAAAGGCUAUGAAAGGCAAACUAGUAAAUAUGAAUGCAAAAAAUGCAAGUGUAAGAAUGGUUGGCUUUGCAAAUGUUUUUGAGGAAGGAAAAGUACUCCGCAUUUCUAUUAGACCCUGUUGACUCAAACAGUGCAUUUUGAUGAGAAACAUUGAAUGCAAACAAAAACUUAGUUUACAAGAAAACUCCACAGAGCAUCUUUAAAUUGUACAACACCUGUAGUGCCUAUGCAGUGAUGUUGCAAAAAAUAAAACCAAACCUGUG